AUGAAGAUCAGAAUGCAGUUUUACAUAGACUCCGUAUUACCGUGGAGGGAAGUUACACUCAAAAGCCAGCUCACAAAAAGACUACUAAUUCAGAAAGGUCCUACAGGUAUGGAUCUCUGGCAGCUGCUGUUGACCUUGGCAGUGGCAGGCUCCAGUGAUGCUUUUUCUGGGAGUGAAGCCACACCAGCAUUCUUUGUCAGAGCAUCUCAAAGUCUGCAGAUACUAUAUCCAGUCCUAGAGACAAAUUCUUCUGGGAAUCCUAAAUUCACCAAGUGCCGUUCACCUGAACUGGAGACUUUCUCAUGUCACUGGACAGAUGGGGCUAAUCACAGUUUACAGAGCCCAGGAUCUGUACAGAUGUUCUAUAUCAGAAGGGACAUUCAAGAAUGGAAAGAAUGCCCUGAUUACGUCUCUGCUGGUGAAAACAGCUGUUACUUUAAUUCAUCUUAUACCUCCGUGUGGACCCCCUACUGCAUCAAGCUAACUAGCAAUGGUGGUAUUGUGGAUCAUAAGUGUUUCUCUGUUGAGGACAUAGUACAACCGGAUCCACCCGUUGGCCUCAACUGGACUCUGCUGAACAUCAGUUUGACGGAGAUUCAUGCCGACAUACUAGUGAAAUGGGAACCGCCACCCAAUACAGAUGUUAAGAUGGGAUGGAUAAUCCUGGAGUAUGAACUGCACUACAAAGAACUAAAUGAGACCCAGUGGAAAAUGAUGGACCCUUUAUUGGUAACAUCAGUUCCGAUGUACUCGCUGAGACUGGAUAAAGAGUAUGAAGUGCGUGUGAGAACCAGACAACGAAACACUGAAAAAUAUGGCAAGUUCAGUGAGGUGCUCCUGAUAACAUUUCCUCAAAUGAACCCAUCUGCAUGUGAAGAAGAUUUCCAGUUUCCAUGGUUCUUAAUUAUUAUCUUUGGAAUACUUGGGCUAUCAGUGACAUUAUUUUUACUCAUAUUUUCUAAACAGCAAAGGAUUAAGAUGUUGAUUCUACCCCCAGUUCCAGUUCCAAAGAUUAAAGGAAUUGAUCCAGAUCUCCUCAAGGAAGGAAAAUUAGAAGAGGUGAAUACAAUCUUAGCCAUUCAUGACAACUAUAAACACGAAUUCUACAAUGAUGACUCUUGGGUUGAAUUUAUUGAACUAGAUAUUGAUGACCCUGAUGAAAAGACUGAAGGGUCAGACACAGACAGACUUCUGAGCAAUGACCCUGAAAAAUCACUCAAUAUCUUUGGGGCAAAGGAUGACGACUCUGGGCGUACCAGCUGUUACGAACCUGACAUUCUAGAGACUGAUUUCCAUGUCAGUGACAUGUGCGAUGGUACCUCAGAGGUUGCUCAGCCACAAAGGUUAAAAGGGGAAGCAGAUAUCUUGUGCCUUGAUCAGAAGAAUCAAAAUAACUCACCUUCUAAUGAUGCUGCCCCUGCUAGCCAGCAGCCCAAUGUUAUCCUAGUAGAGGAAAACAAACCAAGACCACUUCUUAUUGGUGGAACUGAGUCAACUCAUCAAGCUGUCCAUACACAGCUCAACAAUCCAAGUUCAUUGGCAAACAUUGAUUUUUAUGCCCAGGUAAGCGACAUUACACCAGCAGGGAAUGUGGUCCUUUCCCCAGGCCAAAAGAAUAAGACUGGGAACCCCCAGUGUGACAUGCACCCAGAAGUGGUCACACCCUGCCAAGCAAACUUCAUCAUGGACAACGCUUACUUCUGCGAGGUAGACGCCAAAAAGUACAUUGCCCUGGCCCCUCACGUCGAGGCUGAAUCACAUGUAGAGCCAAGCUUUAACCAGGAAGACAUUUACAUCACCACAGAAAGCCUUACCACUACAGCUGGGAGGUCGGGGACAGCAGAACAUGUUCCAAGUUCUGAGAUACCUGUCCCAGAUUAUACCUCCAUUCAUAUAGUACAGUCUCCACAGGGCCUUGUACUCAAUGCGACUGCCCUGCCCUUGCCUGACAAAGAAUUUCUCUCAUCAUGUGGCUAUGUGAGCACAGACCAACUGAACAAAAUCAUGCCAUAG